AGUGGGCAGGUUGCUUCGGAGCGACUUUUGGGGCGGUCCAGCUAGUUACGAUGAGUUGGUUUAGUUGAGAAUAUUCAGGCAUGAAGAGAGUAUAUGGAGAGUGUGUUCUUUUCUUCUUUUUUUUUUUUUAAAUAGAAAAAAAUAGAACUAAAUUGGACUAAUUUUGGUAUCUAAGCAACCAGCUAAAUAUGGGACGAUAAAGAUGUUAAAGUGAAACUGUGGUUUUAUUUUUUAUAUAUAGUUUUACUUGGUUGUUUUUUUUUUUCCCCUUCUCUGUGGCCACUUUGAUUUUCUCGUGAAAGCCGCGGUGCUGCAUCUUGUCCGAAGGAUGGAUCAGGUGGAGAUCCUGAAGAGGUUCAUUCGGGGAGUCCAGGCCAUGAUUACCGGGGACCAAAAAGGAGAGGAUAACUUCGGCAGCGACUUCAUGAGAUUACGAAGAUUAUCCACCAAAUAUAGAACUGAAAAAAUUUACCCCACCAAUGUUGGAGAAAAAGAAGAAAAUGUUAAAAGGAAUAGAUAUAAAGAUAUCUUGCCUUUCGACCACAGCAGGGUAAAGGUAACAUUAAAACCCUGCCCUCAGGACUCUGAUUACAUCAAUGCUAACUUUAUUAAGGGAGUGCAUGGGCCAAAAGCCUACAUUGCAACCCAAGGGCCGCUGGCCAACACAGUAAUAGAUUUCUGGAGGAUGAUCUGGGAAUAUAAUGUUGCAAUUAUUGUAAUGGCAUGUCGAGAAUUUGAAAUGGGAAGGAAAAAAUGUGAGCGGUACUUUCCAUUUUAUGGGGAUGAACCCUUAUCUUUUGGACCAUUUCAGAUUUCUUGUGAGGCUGAACAGGCUAGAACUGACUAUUUCAUAAGAACUCUCCUAGCUGAGUUUAAUAAUGAAUCACGCAGAAUAUACCAGUUUCAUUAUGUGAACUGGCCUGACCAUGACGUUCCCUCAUCGUUUGAUUCCAUCUUGGAUAUGAUCAGUUUAAUGCGGGAAUACCAGGAACACGAAGACGUGCCUAUCUGUGUACACUGCAGUGCUGGCUGUGGAAGAACAGGUGCAAUUUGUGCCAUAGACUAUACAUGGAAUUUGCUUAAAGCUGAGAAAAUUCCAGAAGAGUUCAAUGUCUUCAAUUUAAUUCAAGAAAUGAGAACGCAAAGGCAUUCCGCUGUACAAACGAAGGAACAGUAUGAGCUUGUCCAUCGAGCUAUCGCACAACUCUUUGAGAAGCAGAUACAGCUGUAUGAAGGCCCUGCAAAGAAAAUCACAGAUGGUAUAAAUGAGAUUAGUCCUGAAAACACUGCCAGCUCCUUAGAUGUGGAGAAAGGGGACUCUCCUCCACCGAAGCCGCCUCGAAUCCGCAGUUGCCUUGUUGAAGGGGAUGCCAAGGAAGAGAUCCUGCAGCCUCCAGAGCCUCGCCCUGUCCCUCCUAUCCUGACACCUUCUCCUCCGUCUGCCUUCCCCACUGUGACUAAAGUGUGGCAGGACAGCGACCGAUACCACCCCAAGCCGGUGUUGCACGAUCUGGCGUCGAGCCAAGCCACCGACCACAACAAAAACUACAAUAAACCCACAAAGCCAGGCUCAAAGAUGGAGACCUACCCAGCUCACAUAGAGCCCUUUGAGAAAAAACUUGAGCGAAAGCUGAGUAUUGAGAUCAAGAAGGUGCCUCUUCAGGAGGGGCCAAAAAGCUUUGAUGGGAACAGCAUGCUGCACAGGGGACAGGCAAUUAAGGCCAAAUCCUACUCUGUCAUGGAGUCCAGUUGUGGUUCAUUUUCUGCAGAUUCAGCCCCUGAGCCCCUGCAGAACCUCUGUUCAGAUUGCUUAGGGCCUGACAAAGGGAGCUUGCAGACUGUGGGUCAGAGGCACGCAGGAUCUGACCCUCCCCCGAGGCCCAACCACCUUCCCCUUAAAGAGAAAGGACAUGCUGCGUGGUCUGUACCGAGCCCCGAAAAGGCACCGUCCUCUUCUCCAGUGUCUGCUGAAGAGAAGUCUUCCAGUAUUCCUAGCCAGGUCCCUAAAACUAUUGCACUCGCAGCAGAACCUGCCUUGCAGGCAGUCUCCACAAAUACCAGCAAUCGACAGUGUGCCCAAACCCCGCCAACCAGAAUGGCACUUAGUUUUAGCAACCCUCUCCACUCCGAUAACUCUGACUCUGAAGUUGAUGGGAGGGACUCUGAGAGAGCCAUAAAAACCAAAAACCUAUCCAGUAUUUCAACCGCAAGUGCCACUGUGUCAGCUGCCACUACUGGGGAAAAUGUUACAGCUAGAAAAGUAACCUCUAUGUCUAUCGCUACCCAAAAACCAUCAAGUUCGCUCAGUACGGAAACAUCAACAAGUUCUGAUAACAGUGAAGACUCUCCUCCCCCUCUGCCUGCAAGAACCCCUGAAUCUCGUUGUCUGGCAAGUGAUCUUGAUUCUUUAACCCAAAAAACACUUGCUCCAAGUCAUUCUGCAGAGUGGAGUGGGUUUCCACAGAAAUCGACUGAAGAAUUGCACCAGUCUGUGAUCAGGAGUAAGAGUAGGAAAACAGCUAGUAGUACAGAAAAUGAUGAUCUCGGUCUAGGAGAUAAUAGAAACCAGAUAAAUUGUGUUGCACAAGAGAACACAGCCAAUGCCAGGGGAGACUCUGUAUCACAGAGAGGAAUCUCGGCCGAAAGCACUGACCUAGGCUUCAGUAACCGCUGUACAAAACCAAGGGGCCCCAGGGAUGUUCCUUCAGAAUGGACAUGAUGGAUCAGAAGAUAACAUGGACCGUAAUACUGCAGCGUUCUUCAUUUCCAUCAAGUGCCACUGUGUAUUAGAAUAGACACAACAUAUUCCACAGCACAAUCCUCUUAUUGUUUUUUUUGUUUGUACUAACAAUCUCAAGCAACAUAGUUGUUCUUGAUAACAAUGGUACAUUGUCUGUCUGUACAUCUAUUGUUUGCCAGGUGUGUGAAUUCUGUUGCUAAAAUUGUUAAUUUCUGUUUUGCUGGGACCAUUUACCUGCCUUAUUUAACUUUUAGUUAAAGUAUUAUAAACUUAGAUUUUUUUAUUAUUAUUAAAAAAAAAAAAAAGAAAAGAAAAAAAAAUGUAUUCUGUUCUGGCCUUAUUUUUUUACUCUGUUACAGUGCUUGUAGACGUGUGUUUAUAAUAUGGGAAGAUUAUUAUUAUUAUUAUUAUUAUUAUUAUUAUUAUUAUUAUUAGGGACAGUGGACUACUCUUUAACUUGAUAGCUUUUUAUGCCUUGUUUUAUAUAUGUAUAUAGGGCAAUAUAUAAUUUGAUUAAUUUACAGUCAUAAAAUAUUCUUAACAGAAGAUGCAAGUAUCUGCAUGAUCUAAAACCUUUGUAUACCAUUGUUUUGUGAAUUAUUUGCCCUGCUGUUUUUAGAGAAUAUUUUUUGAAAGUUUUCUUUUUUUUUUUUUUUUUUUACAUUUUUAUGAACUGCUUGAUAUGAAGCAGCCAGCUCCCAAGAUAUCAUGGGUUAAAGAUUGUAAUACAUUUUGUAAAUUGUAUUCAAAAGGUUAUUUUUAUAUGAUGUGCUGUUUUAUUCAUCAGCCAUGCUCCGAUGUACCACUAGCUUUGGAGCCUCACAUGUGCCUUGGGACAGUAUGUACCGCUGUUAACACGCAAGUCACUCAGCACAGUUUGUGGGAAUCUAUAACACUUCUUUUUUUCAAUGUAUCUUCAAAAGGACCUGUAUUUUACAAAAACUAUUGACCUGUCAGUAAAACAAUUUUAAGUGA